AUGAAACAUUUUCUCGAAGUAUAUAAUUCCUCAACACAUUCUACAACAGGACAUACACCAAAUUCAAUGACACAACAACAAGAAGAAAAGUAUAUACAAAAGAAACGAAGCCAAACACAAAAUAUCAGAAAUUCAACACAAUUUACCCUCAUUCCUGGUACAAAAGUUCGUGUAGUUCUUGACGACAAACCGUUGACAAAGAAACGUUUAAGGUUAAGUAGAAACUAUUAUAUCGUAGACUCUACAUAA